UUUCGGUCGGAGGUAGUUGUGCGAACAUUGUUAAAAACUGCUCCAAUUCGAUUUUCGUUUUAUAAAUAGAUAAAGUGGUAAAACAGUAUAUUUUAAUGAAAAUAUAUAAACUAUAAUCACUUCACUUCACUUGCCGGAAUAAAUUACACUUUUACCUCUACUACAACAACAAAAAUGUCUGUGGAAAAGUUGAGCUUACAGGAGACUAGAGACGAAUUUGUCAAAAGGAUGCAGGACUUUGAAGGACGACUGCAGAAGGCAACUCUUACAAGCCCAGGAGUAGCGGAUAUUGCUUCAGAGUUUGCCAUUUUUAAACAUAUGACGCUGAAGAGUCUACAAUCAUUGCAACACCAAGUUGACCUGCUGGCAAAAGAAGUUGAUUUACAGGAAAUGCGUGGUCGAAGGAAAAUAUUGCUUCUUCAUGGUGUCUCAGAGAGUGAUCGGGAAGAUGUUAACUCAGUGGUAUGCAGUGUCCUUGUUGAUCAAUUGAAAUUGGUGGAGUUUUCAACAGAACACAUUAGCCGGUGUCACAGAAUGGGACGCAUAACAACCAAUGAAAAGGCUCGUCCACUUUUGGUUAAGUUUCGAGAUAUCAACACUCGCGACAUGAUCUGGUCCAAUAAAACAAAGCUGAAGGGCACAAAUGUUUCCAUUUCCGAGUUCUUGACAAAAACUCGGCACGAUACAUUUAUGGCGGCCAGACAACGGUUUGGUGUCAGAAAAUGUUGGACACGUGAUGGGUUUGUUCACGUCCUUGGAUCCGAUGGGGUACGGCAUCGUAUUAGUAGCAUGACUGAACUGGGUAGAAUUGCAGUACCAGGAUCCCAACAGCCAGCUCCAGUUGCGGCUAAGGUGGACGUCGGCGUCAGCAGAACGAAACGGGCUCAAACCAGCAAGAAAUAAGUCUUGUUAGCUUUGAAUAUUAUAUUCUACGGUUUGGUGAGUGAGUUUGGUCUGUAUUAACAUUAAUAUCGUUUUACCCACUUUUAUUUAUAUCAAAUAAUAUCAUUUUUAAUAUCAUUUCAUUCGCUUUUUCUAUUUAUAAUUCAACUGUAAUGCGACCUACUUAUUAAAUGUAAAAUAGACGGUAGAUUGAUUGGUUAGUAGUAGAAGUUUAAUUUAUCCCACUCAGGGAAAGGCAAAGGUAUUGAGCCAUACAGCCUAAUCUCCAGUAAUGUAAUUAUUAAUUAAUUUAUUAAAGCAAGUAAUUAUUCUAAUUUACAUAGAUCAAUGUCAAUAUGUUGGUUGACAGUUAUCAGAUAACAUCUGAAUAUUGGCUACAUAUCAAAGUUGUAUAUAAUCUAUGUUUCUAUAUUUUAAAAAAAGAUAUGAACUGUUACCAUCCUUAAUCUAUGCUCAUUACAGCUCCGGCACAGAUAAUACUAGUAAUGAAUGGAUGUAAAGGGGAAUACUCAGUACUC